CGAUCGAACGAAUCGGUUAUCUUCUGGUUAUCUGGAAAAGGCAAAGGUGUUGUGAGGUGUUCUGUGGUGUUUUGUGUUGUUUCGAGCUGUUUUGAGGCGAGAACUCCGCUGGCAGAGGCGAGUGCAACUGCAAAUGCAAAGUGCAUGUGCAGCGGUCAGUACUCGCAUUCGCAUUCGCUAUUUUUGCUGCCAUAAGCCAGCUUGCUUGGCUCCUAUUUUGUUUUGGUUUUGAUUUUGAAUUUGAAUUUGAUUUUGAUAUUGAAGUUGGCUUUGAGUCUGCGCGACUGGGAGUUCUGUGUGCGCGUUGCAUUUUCAAUAAACGCGUUUGCUUUUGGCUCUUGGCACGCUGCGUGGGCGCCAAUUCGUGUGACUGUGUCUCGUGUGUGCAUUAGCUAAUGUGUUUGUAUUGCUAAUUAAAUCGGCAGCAAAGGCAACCGCAAAGUGGCAGCAGCAAGUAAAGAGCAACGAAUACCAGGCAACAAGAACCCAAACCCCCGACAAAAAGCGAAACAAAGUGCAUUCGAUAAGUACGAUAAACGAAAUCCAUUCCAUUCCCGAUCCAAACCCGAUCUACCCGAUCUGCGCACCGAAUUGGAUCGACAGCAGGUGUUUUCCCCACCGCAUUUCCCAUGAUUCAGAGCACGAGGAGCGUUCGGCAUGACGUGAACUGCUUAGAUAUUCCAUGCGAGAACCGAAACCAUUGCAACUAGCCGCCCCAAUCGAUCGUCUCGCCCCGAUCCGAUCCGAUUGCCCCCGAAAAGCGUCCGCUCUGGGGACGUGAUCAGCCCCGAGAAGAGAAGCCCCCAGAAAGUAGAACCAAAUCCAAACCAAAAACCCGCCACCACGAUGGACUCACGCAUCGGCCUGGACUACAUUGUCGAGAAUCGUGACUACAUUGCCAAGCUGGGCGCUGCCCUGGACACGCAGAAUGCCACGGUCAAGAAGCAGGUCUUCGAGCUGCUCUCGGCGCUGUGCGCCUACAGCCCCGAUGGCUACGCGCGUGCCAUCGAGACCCUAGAAUUUUACAAGAAUCUCAAGAAGCAGCGAUACCGCUUCAAGAUUGUCAUCAACGAACUGGAGCUGUCGAGUGCCGCCGCCCAACCGCCGCUGGAAUACCAGGCCGCCCUGCUGGCCUUCAUCAACUGCGUCAUCAUUUCGGCGGCCACUUUACAGGAGCGGAUUCGCAUUCGCAACGAAUUUAUAGGUCUCAAAGUUUUGCCGCUGCUGAAUAACCUAAGGCUGCGCCAGGCAGGCAACGUGGAGUCGUCAGCAUCGCCCUCGCCGCCGCCAUCCCUCUCAUCGGAGUCCGCCUCCUCGGCGACGUCAUCUUCCGUUUCCGCUUCCGGAUCCGUGACGCCAUCUCCAUCGCCGUUGCACCUGCAGCGGCGGGUGACUUUCUGCGGCUCGCUGUCCCGUUACAGCUGCGCCGCCUUGCAACUGGUGCAGAAUCUCAAAAAAGUCGCACAAAGUGUGGGCGAUAUCAUCGUACAAUUGGACGUAUUCGUGGAGCAGCAGGAAUGCGACGAGGCCCAGAGCCUUCAGGCGCCCGAUGGCAUCAAUCUCAACUCGCAUCUUGAUGUUUUCUACGCAAUUCUGCGACAGGUGGCUGACACGCCGCAGGAAGUGCCAUUCCUCAACAUUCUGCAGCACCUGCUGCGCAUCGAUCCCAAGGAGCCGCUCAGCGACAUCAUCUGGGACACCACAGAGCGUCUGGUCCACCGCGCCACGCUCCUCGAGAGCCACGAGGAUUCGGUGCGCCUGCUGCGCACGCCCAGUAGCCAGAAGUUCGCCUGCCAGAGUUGCCGCGGCAGCGAUGCCAGCAGCCCCACCCGCAAGCCCUCCCAGGCGGUGGGCGUGGCAGCUAAGACCGCAGCUCCAACGCCGCCGCCACCCCCACCACCGGCGCCCAUGGCCCCUGUUGCACCACCGCCCCCGCCUCCGCCGAUAAACGGCCCAGCACCGCCACCCCCGCCACCGCCCAUGAUCAAUGGUGGCGCCCUGCCCCCUCCACCGCCUCCGCCCUCGAUGCAAAUGGCAUCGCGACCCAGGACACCGGAUCCUUUGGCCGCGGAGUCCGCGGUGGCCACUGCCAUAUUGCUGCCCCAACAGGACACACCCGCCCCCAAGGCCAAGAUGAAGACCAUCAACUGGGGCAAGAUUCCGCACAACAAGGUCCUGGGCAAGCAGAACAUCUGGAGCAUCGUGGCCAGCAACCACCAGGACAGCCCGAUGCAGGACAUCGACUGGAACGAGAUGGAGGGACUCUUCUGCCUGCAAACCGCCAGUGCCCAGGGAUCACCGAAGCUGGGAAGGGAUGGCAACCAAGCCUCCUCCGGUUCCAAUGGAUGCGACACCCUCGAUCGCAAGGCGAAGAAAGAGAGCACAGAGAUCACGCUGCUUGACGGGAAGAGGAGUCUGAAUGUCAACAUAUUCCUGAAGCAAUUCCGCACCAGCAACGACGACAUCAUACAGUUGAUAAGGCAGGGCGCCCACGAGGAGAUCGGGGCGGAGAGACUGAGGGGUCUGCUGAAGAUAAUGCCCGAGGUGGAUGAGCUGGACAUGCUCAAGGGUUUCAAUGGCGACAAGGGACGACUGGGCAAUGCCGAGAAGUUCCUGCUACAGCUGCUCGAGGUUCCCAACUACAAAUUGCGCAUCGAGAGCAUGUUGCUCAAGGAGGAAUUCGCAGCGAAUGUGGCCUAUCUGGAGCCCUGUAUUAAUGCCAUGCUCUACGCUGGCGACGAUCUGCUCAACAACAAGACCCUCCAAGAGGUCCUCUACAUGGUCGUUGUGGCUGGCAACUUCCUCAACUCCGGCGGCUAUGCGGGCAAUGCAGCGGGUGUGAAGCUAUCCUCACUGCAAAAACUCACAGACAUCCGGGCGAAUAAGCCCGGAAUGAACCUCAUACACUUUGUGGCCCUUCAGGCGGAGAAACGCAAUCCCGAGUUGCUGCAAUUUACGGCUCAACUGAGCACCCUUGAAAGUGCCAGCAAAACAACUUCAGAGCAGAUAAACAAUGAAAUUAAUACGCUCGAUGGCAGGAUCAGGAGAAUAGCCAGGCAGAUCGAGCAGCCUGCCACGGAUGUAGACAUCAAGGAGCAAAUGGCCGACUUCCUGCAGGCCGCCGAAUCCGAGCUAGCCGUCCUGCAGGCGGGCAUGAAGCAGGUGGAGUCCCUGCGGCUCAAAUUGUCCGAGUUCUUCUGCGACGACGCGGCCACCUUCCGACUGGAGGAGUGCUUUAAGAUCUUCCAGAAUUUCUGUGAUAAGUUCAAGCAGGCGGUCAAGGAAAACGAACGACGCCAACAGCAGGAGCAGCAGGCCACUUUGAGGAGGAAACAGCGCGAGGAGCAGCUGGCCCGCAGAGCCAGGCAGAUUGGUCAGGCUGGAACACCUGUGUCCGAUUCGGAGCACUCCUUCCUAGGCGACGCCCUCUUCGACCCUAGGGCCAGUCCUGCUUUGAGUCGCAGGCACUUGGGAUCCGGAGAGAUCAGCAAUGGUUUCAUCCGCCUGGAACAGGACGGUGCCUCUCCGGACAUCACCCCCAACGGCAGCCUGAGGCGCCGGCGCAGUCGAGUCCUGGCCGAGGAGGAUGACCUCAUGGAGUUCCUGCGCAGCUCGACCGGUCCCCACGAUGGACACAACAGCCGGGAGCGAAAGGCGGCCUACGGCAGCUUGGAUCGCUCGUGGGCUCGUCGAGCCCGCUCAGGAAGUUCCAGCCGAAAGCGACCCGAUUUGCUCAACAUUGACUUUGGCCUGGAUCGCGAGCGGGCCAGCUCACCGGCUCCUCUUCUUCAGCAGCAGGCACAGGAGCGCCUCCAAUCUCCGUUGGCCAGUGCAGCCGGCACGCCCACAACGGCAGCGAAUACGCCCACGGGCAGUGGAUCGGCGAUUGCGCAGACGCAGCCCGUCAACGAGGAUGCGAAACCAAGAAUAUCCCGUGAGUGGCGCCAGAAGAUCGAGACCUGGCUGCAAUCCAACGAGAGCGACGAGAAGCAGAACGAGGAGUACAGGCGCAAGCGUCGUCUGGUCAACGCCAAUAGGCGAUCGCUCGAAAACGAAACUGAAAACGAACGAAAACUGGACCCCUUGCCGGAGGAGAAGAUCCUGCCUUCGACGACGACGGCUACGCCAACGAACACGCCCACGACCACUAAUCCCACUAACUCCCAUAACAGGCCGGAUCAGGAUUCCGGGAGGUACCAGCGCGUCUACGCCGACUGGAAGCCCUCGAAGACGCUCGAGCAGACGGACGUGGUGGCCAACCUGCAGGCCAUCGCCGAUGCCCAGCCCCAGGAUGCACUGCGUCAGUACCGCCGCCAGCGGUCGCAGGAUCAGCCGGGUCCCAUAGCACUCCAAUCGAUAGCCGAAGAGGAUCGCCGCAAGUCACUGAUCCAGAAACUGGGCGAAAGGGACAUGAGCAACGAGCGGUUGCAGAUCUAUAUUAGAAGAUCUUCCAGCAGAGAUCUCCAGCCGGCGAAAGCGGAGGAGCCAGUACUGCCACCCAAGUCACCAAAGCCCCAGGUGUCGGAUGACACCUUCGCCAGCCUGCUGAGCCAUCACAAGAGCCAGAACGAGAUGCAGGCCUCCUCCAAAGACGUGGAUGCGGAUAAUAUAGAAACGCCGCCGGUGAGCCGACGGGUGAUAGCCACGCCCACCACCACAGUGGUCACGGUGAGCAUGACAGACAAGCCCAAGGCGGCGGCGGAGGAGAAGAUUAGCUCGGCGGAGCAGGAUGCCCCGGGUCACUUUGAUCGCCAUGCCCUGGCCCGUCGCACGCGUCGGUACAAGAGACCCACGGACUACAGCAGUGGCAAUGAGGAGUUGCUGACCACCAGCACACCGGAGACGAAGCCAUCUCCCUCAAAGCCAGAGCAACCUACACCGGAGAAGUCCAAGCAAAAGGAGCGCACGAUCAACAAGCUGGAGAAGGUGGGUCGUCACAUAAGCUCCAUCAACCAGGAGGACGUGAGGGAGGCCAUCCGGAAUCUCAAAUCGCCCACGGGAACACCCGAGCGACCUUGGAGCCCGCCGCGAGAGAUCACGCCCUCCAAACUAAAGCUCACCGCCAGCGGUCACCAUGAGCUGAACGACGAGGGCUUCGAGGAGACCCAGAGCCUGGUGUCCGACACUCCGUCCCAUGGAAAGGGUGAGAGCACCAACUCCUCCUGCAACGAAGGAGUCAACGAGACUCCAGCCCGUCAGCGUCCGCUGCAGAAGCAGAAGCCCACGACCACCAGCAUCACCCAGAUGGGCAGUCGCCUGGCCGAUCGCCUGCAGCAGGCCAGGUUGAAGGGCUCCGGGUCCCCGGGAGCGACAGCCAGCAAGUCACAAAACCAAAUCCCUGCCAACCAAACGGCAACGGUCAAGAGGAGUCUCUCCGCCAGCAGACCGCUGCGCAUGCCCAAUGGUCAGCCGCUGGCCAGUGCGGCGCCGCUAAGAUCCGCAUCCGCAGUGAGACGCUCACCGCAGGAGCAACAGGUCCUCGCUGGAGUGGAACGCAGUAGCUCGAGGAACAGUCUACGUUCCUCGCGAUCAUCCAUCAACAGUGGAGCCUCCACACAGACGGUGGUGAGACGCCUCCCUGCCGUCCAGCGAACGGGAGCCACUGUGUCAGUGGACUCCUCGCCCAGCAAGAGGCCACUGGCUGCCCAGAAUCUCCGACCUACGCCUGGUCGAGGAGUGCCAGCCAGCAGGAGCAGCAGUAGCGGCUCCAGCGUGGGACCCAGUGUGAUACUGGUGCGCAGCAAGAUGUCCAACACCGCUCCAAGGUCAAACAUCAACGGCAGCACCAGCUUCAAGGAGAAUCAGUCCCAAUCCCAACCGCAGUCCCAGUCCCAGUCCCGGAUGAGCGCCGCUCGCAGCGUGGUGCUGGUGAAGAAUGCCCUGAACCAGCAGCAGCAGGCCAGGAUGAAUGCCACCUCGAGUCCUCAGCAAAGGAGCAGUAGCAGCAGUCGAUCCGUCAGCAGUUUCAUGCGACCCACGGCCAGCAGUGCCACCAAGCGCCAGAAGUAGGGGGCACAGGGUUCAGUCCAGACCUCGUCCAAGUUAACGUCCCUAGUUUACACAUGUUACAAACGCGAAUGCAUCCAACUCCAAGCCGUCCAUGCGACAAUUUCGAAUUUCUAUGCAGGAUCUAAAACACAAAUCAACACUCAUAAAUGUUACAGUUGAAAUAUUUUGAGAUCUUAUAUAUACAAAUCUAAAGAAAUCCCUGCACAUUCCAACUGAAGGUCCGCGAAUCCCUAAUACAAAAGACACAAAACUUUCAAACUCUUAAAUAUAUUUGAUCACAAAAAAAGACAAAAAUACUAGCAUGUACUACUCAACUAAAACUUAGGAUAAGCAUAAAAAAUGUUAAACUCGUAUUUUCCAUAUUUAACAUAUAGUUGUAGGCAUUAUUCGAUUAUACGAUCACGUUAGGAGACUUUUUUAUAGAAGCGCGUUGUUUACAAAGUGUGUAGUUGAAGAAACCAAAACGACAACUACAAAUCUUUAAAAUAAAAGAACAUAAGCUUUAA